AAUAUAUAAGGAAUUUCGAUAUAAUUACAUAGUGUAAUGGCUCAUAGUAAUGAUAAAGUUUCAAGUAGUACCAAGGAAUCUGGAGUUAUUUUUAUUAAUGGUGACAAAAGUAGUGGAUUAUUUAAACCCGCAGUAAAAUCAUUAGAUGAUCGUGAUGAUGGCAGAAGUAGAAAUGCAGAUACAUUUAUUCUUGAAAGCAAUUUAAAAUGGAUUCCUUAUGAUAAAUUUAAAAAUGUUGAACGUAUUGGUGAUGGAGGAUUUGGAAUUAUAUACAAAGCUAUUUGGUCAUUAAAAAGCGGAGAUAAAGAAGUGAUUCUUAAAAGUUCAAAAUCAAAUUUGGACAAAUCUUUAAUAAAUGAAUUGAUAUAUCUUGCAAAUUGUUUGGAAUCAACGGAAAUUAUUAAUUUAUACGGAUACACAAAAAAUCCAGAUACUUUGAAUUAUAUGGCAGUAAUGAAAUAUGCAAAUAAAGGUAAAUUAAGAAGGAAUUUAGCAAAAGUAAUUGAAAUGAAUUGGAAACAAAGAUUAUGUAUAUUAUAUAAAAUUAUUUCUGGGCUUCAUGAAAUCCAUAAUCAAAAUCUUAUUCAUUGUGUUUUAAGUGAUGCUAAUAUUUUAGUUCAUAAAGGUGAAGAGGAUAAAGAGAAUACUUUUUUUAUUGGUGGGUUUGGAUUAUGUCAACCAGUAUCUUUUAAAAAAGGGGAUAUUUUUGGUGUUAUGCCAUUUGUGGCACCUGAAUUAUUUAAAGGUAAACCUUAUUCUCAAGCUAGUGAUAUAUAUAGUUUUUCUAUGAUUAUGUGGGAAUUUACAUCUGGAGUACCACCAUUUGAUAGAGAAUUUGAACUUGAUUUUAUUUUAAGUAUUUGUGGAGGUAAACUUCCUGAAAUUAUUGAAAAUACUCCACAAUGUUAUGUAGAUUUAAUGAAAAGAUGUUGGAAUACUGAUCCAUUAAAAAGGCCAUCUGCAUCAGAAGUUAGGGGUAUUAUUGGAAGCUGGAUUUUCCAUUAUUCUGAUAAUACUAAUGAUGAGUUAAUAAGCAAUGAUAUUAUGGAAUUUAUAAAUGCACCAGUUGGAUAUGCAACUGAAUCUCUUCCACAAUUUCUUAGUAAAAAAGAAUUGGAAGAAAUUCUUGAAAAUAAAUAUUUAGAACCAAGUGUAAGUAUAGAUCUGAAUGAAAUGCUAGAUUUGGAUGAUUUGGAUGAUUAUACAAUUAAAGAUACGAAGUCACUAGAUGAGGAUUAACUUAUCAUUUGCGUUUUGUUUAAAAUGGUUUAGUUAUAUCAUGCAUUAAACAGAACAUGCAUUUUAUUUUAUUCUUUUGAAUUAUUUAAACACUAAGGCUAGAGUAGUAAAAUAUUUUACGAGUUUCUUAGUUUGUAAUUUAAAUAGUUUCUUUUCUAUAACUUAUCGAUUAUUAAUUAUGUAUCCCUUUUUUUAC